UAUUACUAUUUACUAGUAUUCAACAGUUUAUUAUAACUUCCUUCUCAUAACAUGAAUUUAUUUGGCACAGCUUUAGGAUUUGCUGGAUUCUUUAAGUCAAGGGACUAUGGUUCUGCUCGUAUUGACAAUAUUCCAUUCCGUCUUCAUUACAGCUUUACUAGUGGUUUCUUAUUCCUAGCGACUGCCCUCCUUGGCUUAAACGAUCUAUUUGGAAAGGAGAUUCAGUGUCAUUCAAACUCUGGAGGAGCUUCCCAGGCCAUAGAGCAGUACUGCUGGGUCAGUGGUACAUAUAUUGUUCCUGAUAGUGUUGGAUUAGAUGAAAAUACUGUCGGAAUCGGACCUUACAAGAAGUGUUUAAUGCCUGAUGAAAAAACUAUUCUUGAAUGUGCUAGAGAAGAUGAAACAUGUGACGAGAGAAAUAAAGGUUCCAACGAUGUGAAUCUGGGAAUGUGUGCUGAAACUCAGUCCUAUUAUCAAUGGGUUCCAUUUAUCCUCAUGUUCCAGGGUCUUGUUUUCAUCAUUCCACACAAGAUUUGGGAGAUAAUUGAAGAAGGGAAGAUGAAGAGUAUUACAGAUGGUGUACGGAUUGGGACAUCAAUAAUCUCCGAAGAUAAAGAACAAAAAUCAACAAUAAAAAACAUUUCAAAAUUCAUUCAUCGACAAAACAAGUCCUCAGGCCAUGCAAAAUAUGCGUACGGAUUCUUCUUUUGUUUGGUUUUGAGUUUGAUAAAUGUCAUCUUUAACUUUGUGUUCCUGGAUAUUGUAUUCAAGAGCAAGUUUAGGACUCUUGGAGUCAGAUGGAUAAAAGAGCAUUUCUCAAUGGAGAACAGAGUGCUGCGAGAUAUUUUUCCAAGAAUGACAGCUUGUGUUUGGACAGAUUUUGGAACAGGGGGUGUUGUUCAAUAUAAGAACUUUGUGUGCAUCAUGGCGGCUAAUAUUUUGAAUGAGAAGAUUUUUAUUUUUCUUUGGUUUUGGUUUAUUAUUCUGAUUUUAGGUUUAUUAUUCUGA